AUGGUGGCGCUCUACUGCGACACGCUGCUGCGCGGCUGCAAGGCAGAGGAGGCUGGCGAUGCAAUGAGCAAAUACCUUUUGGAAAAACUGAAGAUGAAAGAAAACUGGCUUGGAAUCUGGAAGGCUAAUCCAGACCUAUUCUUCGUUAAUUCAGAAGAUUUAGUUGUACCUUCUGUUGGAAUACUUGUUGAGGUUACCUGGAAACCACCUCAGAGUUCAUCAUCUCAGAUAAAAGCCUCUGUAUCUGUCGUUGAACCAUUUGCUUCUAAUAUUGCGAAUAUGCCAAGAGAAUUGGUAGAUAAUAUUUUGGAGGAGUUGGACCAUUGCGUCCCUUUGCUGGAAAUCUACCCUGUAGAGGGACAGGACAACACCGUGUUUGAAAUUGCUCAGGCUUUGGAUAUCGUGAGAUUCUUUUAUGAUUUCAUUUGGAGGGACUGGGAUGCUGAUGAAAGUUGUGAGACAUAUGCAGCUCUGGUAGAAGAAAGAAUUAAACUCUGGUGUGAUAUUCAGAAUGGAAGUAUUCCUGCUCCACUGGGUCACCGUUUCAAGAAACAUCUGGAGAAGUAUAAAAUUUUGCGUUUGGAAUUGAUUCAGUAUCAAAGUAACAUUGAAGAAGAACCCACAGAAGAAGAAGUUGUGGAGUGCUGGAAAAAGUACUAUGAACUAGUAAUGCUGUGUGGAUUGCUGAAGAUCUGGGAGGACCUGCGCCUCAGAGCCCAUGGACCACUGACCCCAAGGAUACUAAGGCGCAGGAAAGGGUACAGAGAUGAUAGGAAAACUGUAACUCAUACUGUAGCUAAAACUAUGACAGCUGAAAUGAUUAAGAACUUUUCUCUGGAUGCUGCACUUCAACAUCAUGAGAAUUUGAAUGCGGCUUUAGAAAGCUGUUACAGUGGAGACACCGUCAUGAUUUUUCCAGGAGAAUAUAAGGCUGUAAACUUAUCCAUGUUAACUGAAGACAUUAUUAUUAAAGGUUACAUACUUGUCCAAGUAUUAUCCUUCAUAGAUUUUUUUUUUCUGAUACUAUUAACUCUUGUGGUAUCCAAAGCUCAAGAUAUAAAAUUAAUGCACCUUACACUGGUACAGCAGGGCACAGUUGAUGGCAUCGUGGUCGUUGAAUCUGGCCACAUGACAAUAGCAAAUUGCGUGUUGAAGUGUGAAGGAACGGGAGUCUGCGUGCUCACAGGGGCCUCUCUGACCGUGACAGACAGCGAGAUUACUGGAGCUCAGGGUGCUGGUGUUGAGCUGUACCCAGGGAGCACAGCCCUCUUAGAAGGCAACAAAAUUCAUCACUGCAAUAAUACCAGAGCCAGUGAGACUUCACCUCGUAGCCUGGGUGGCAUUAAUAUUAAGGUUGUUCCACUCCCCAAACUGAAGAUGAAAAAUAAUCACAUUUUUAGCAACAGAGGCCACGGAGUCACCAUUCUUCAGCCUACUGAGAUACCUGCAUCAGCAGAAGGGGUUGGGGAAUUGACUGCCUCAGGCGACGCAGAAGAAACGCUUUCCAAAUUAAUGCAGGAUUUACGUUUGGAGAAGAAUACUAAUACACUUGAUGACAUCAAAGAUAUCGCUGUAGUUCAUAGCUAG